AUGCAUAUCACACAACAACUUGGAGAUGGAGAAACAAAUCUUCAAACAUUAGGAAAAGUAUUAUGGGAGAUGGGAAAACCUGAUCUGGCUGAAAAAUACUUUAUGCGCUUCUUAGAACAACUUUCAUCAAAUAUUCCUUUACUUGGUAGUUUGUACGAAGAUCUUGCCAAACUCGCAUCACAGAACCGUCAGUAUGACAAAAGUCUUCAAUGGCAUCAAAAACCUAUCAAUUUCAACAAAACAUUUAGACGUUAA